AUGUGGAUGAACCGGGCUCUCAGGCCUCAUGUGUCGCGGCAGCCUUUGACAAACAUCACCAGGCGACAUGCUUCCAGCUCACCACGACCCAGCGAUGCGCCUCUGCGCUUGGCCGUUGUCGGCUCUGGACCGGCCGGCUUCUAUACCGCCUACAGAGUGAUGAACAAGGUGCCCAACGUCAAGGUCGACAUGUAUGAGGCUCUGCCCGUGCCGUUUGGCCUUGUGCGUCAUGGCGUCGCACCAGACCAUCCAGAGGUGAAGAACUGCCAAGACAAGUUCGACGAGAUCGCCUCGUCUGAGAAUUUCACCUUUAUUGGGAACAUGUCGAUAGGCCACCCAGGUCAUUCUGCUGAGCACGGCACUGUGGAGCUCCAAACGCUCAUGCGCCACUACGACUCGGUGCUCUUCGCCUGCGGCGCCUCCGAGGACAAGAAACUCGGCAUUCCUGGCGAAUCGACCUUGUCGGGCAUCUACUCGGCACGCGGGUUCGUGGGCUGGUACAAUGGACUGCCCGACUUUGCCUCCCUCGAGCCGGAUCUAUCGCGGGGAGACGAGGCCGUUAUCAUCGGGCAGGGCAAUGUCGCGUUGGACGUCGCGAGGAUGUUGCUCGAGGACAUUGACGUGCUUCGAAAGACUGACAUUACGGAGCAUGCCCUCGCAUUGCUUGCGGAGAGCCGUAUCAAGCGUGUGCACGUCGUGGGCAGAAGGGGGCCCAUGCAGGCUGCGUUCACAAUCAAGGAGGUCCGCGAGCUCAUGAAGCUGCGGGAUGUGGCCUUUCACCCAACCAACCGCGCAUUGAUACCGGAUGAUCCCAAGGCUUUGCCCAGAGCAACGAGGCGCUUAGUGGAGGUCAUCAUCAAGGGCACCCCUGACAAGGCCCUCGGCUCCACGAGUAAAACCUGGUCCUUGGACAAUUGCCUAUCGCCGAAGCACUUUUUGGGUCACGAGGACUCACCAGCGAACGUUGCUAGCACGGCGUUUGACGUGACAAAGCUGGCCGAUCCAUAUGAUCCGCAGUCCCGCGUCGAGGCUACCGGUGAAACCGCAAUCCUGCCGUCCGACAUUGUCUUCCGCUCUGUGGGCUAUCGCUCCGUCGCGCUGCCCGGGUUUGAGCAAGUCGGCAUCCAGUUCGACGAGCAACGGGGCAUUGUCAGCAACGACGGACUUGGGAGAGUCACACGCCUAGUGUCCGAUGAGAACGCCCAAGACGUUGCGUCGAGGCAAAUGCCUGGGCUGUACUGUGCAGGGUGGCUCAAGAGAGGCCCCACGGGCGUCAUCGCCUCCACCAUGUCUGACGCCUUCACCACGGGCGACGCGAUAGCUGACGACUGGCUCUCUGGCAAAGAUUUCCUCAAGUCAGCCUCUCCCUCAGCGUCCGAUGGAUGGGAUGGCGUGAGGCAGGAGCUUGGUGCCCGUGCCGGUCGUGUCGUAACAUGGGAUCAGUGGCGUCUGAUCGAUGCGGCGGAAAAGGCCCGGGGCCGAGCAAACGGCAAAGAAAGGGAGAAGUUUACCAACACGUCGGACAUGCUCGCCGUCUUAGACUAA